AUGGAGGACCAACUCGCGCAGCUGCUCGCCAACACCAUGGUGCCCGACCAGGCACCUCGACUGCAGGCCGAGAUCGAGCUUAAGCGCGCCCGAACCAACCCCGCCUUUCCAGUCUGCCUGGCCAACAUUGCCUCCCACGCGUCCGUGGCCGUGACUGUCCGCCAGGCUGCCAUCACCAGCCUGCGCCAGUUUGUCGUGGACAAUUGGGCCAACGACGAACCCGGCGACGAGCCUCCCAUCCCCAUCUCCGAAGAAGCCAGAGAACACGUCAAGCGGUCUCUGCUCGACCUAGCCAUCGGCCUUGAGGAGGACCGUAAGGUUAAGACCCAAUCCAGCUACACCGUCGGCAAGAUCGCUAUUCACGACUUCCCCGAGAAAUGGCCGAACCUCCUGCCCUCCGUCCUGGGCGUCAUGGCCUCGGGCACCGACAUCCAGCUGCGCGGCGCCCUCAGAGUCCUCGGCUUCCUCACCGAGGAAAGCAUAUCCGAUGACCAGUUCUUCUCCAUGGCUCGCGACAUUGCCAACGCCCUGACCGAGGUCGUCCACAACACGAGCCGCGGACCCAUGAUGCGCGCUCUCGCCAUAUCCGUGUUCCGCUCUUGCCUCGACCUGAUGAACAUGGUCAAAGACGCCCAUGCACAAGAGGUCGAGGAGUUUGCUAGAGGUCUCCUCGAAGGCGAUGGCGGCGCGAACCCGGGCUGGAUGACCUUCUUCAUCCUGGUUCUUCGCGAGACGCUCCCUCCUGCUGACCUGAGUGAACGGCAGCCCGAUGAUUGGAACAGCAUCAUCGCUCUCAAGCUGCAGGUCGCAAAGACGCUCAUUCGCCUUCGCCGUGGCUUUGGCAACCUGCUGCUCCCUCACAGCACCACGCUCUUCGCUACCGUUUGGGACGAGCUCACCAACCUGCAGGGUCCCUACGAGCAGCUGUACGUCAAUGGCAUCUGCCAGCGCCGCCUCGAGAGUGCCGACAAUCUGUAUUACUCCCUCGACGUCCUCGUCCUCGAGGAGCUUGAUCUCCUGAAUCAAUGCUUCCGUGCGCCUGGUGUUAAGGCAGAGCUCGACGCCCAGUUGCAUGCUCACGCCGAGGUCCGCGACGUGCAGUGGGUGGGUCAAAUCAUGGCCAUGCUCGUCAGCUACUCUCGCAUCAUCCAGGAGGAUGAGCAGCUUUGGGACAUCGACUGCUCGCUCUACUUGACUGAGGAAAGCGCCAUCACGGCUGAUUAUACGCCCCGCACGUCCGCCAGCGACCUCAUCAUUAAGCUGGGCGAGUGGUUCGACCACAAAAUACUCGACGGCCUGUUUGACUAUACGACCAGACUCUUUCCCGGCUUGGCAACCUCUUCGUGGAAAAGCCAAGAGUCGGCUCUCUACCUGUUUGUCAUGCUGCUCAGUGACUUUCAGGACCUGGGCAAACCCGUCCAACCGGCCAUGGCGGCCGACUACUUCCAGAUGAUUGACUACACAAUCAAGACCGCCACGGCGCCGUUCCUCCGGGCCAGGGGCUUCCUGGCCGCCGGUAUGCUUGGGCGCUCCUUCCAGCUGCCUAGCAUUCAGCCCAACCCGACUGACCCAGCCAUUCCUCUGCUCGACCACAUGAUCGCGUCCGUCACGGCUGAAGAGUCCGAGGUGGUCCAGGUUGCGUGCGUCAAGGCCCUCGAGGGUCUGGUCAGCGCGGAACAGGUUGGCCUCGACAAACAAGGUCCUAUAAUUGCUGCCAUCCACAACUAUUUGGACAACAAGGAUCCUGCGGACAUAGAGGAGACCGACGAGCUUCUGGUGACGCUUUCCGAGGCUCUCCGAGCCGUCGUCGGCAUGGACCCCAAAAUCGCGCUGUCCAGCGAGUAUCAGCCGUUGGACAUGCUCUUCAUGCUCGCUAAGGUCGGAACGUCCAACUUUCAGGUUACGAUGCUUGUGACGGAGACGUUUGAAGAGGUAGUCAAGGCUCUGGCAGGCGAUGGUCCCGCGUUUAGCGCCCUCUGCACCAAAAGCCUGCCGACGCUGACGGGGGCCUUCGACGUCGGGCCCCUCACCGACGACAACCCACUGGUGACGAUUGCGACGGAGCUGCUCGCCGUCCUGGCCGAGCAUGGCCCUGAGCCACUGCCCGACGGGUUCGUUGCUGCCACCUUCCCCAAGCUCAAUCGUGUGCUCAUGGAGACGACCGAGGGCGAGGUUCUCCGACCGGGUGCCGAGACGGUCAAGUAUGCACUCAUGCACGACCACCAGCAAGUCUUCAACUGGCAGGACGCCAACGGGGUGUCUGGCCUCGAGACGUGCCUUCGUAUCAUAGACCGACUCCUUAAGCACGAAAUUGAGGACAACGCGGCGUCCGAGGUCGGCGGUUUGGCGGCUGAACUUGUGGAAAAGGCGGGCCAGGAGCGCCUGGGGCCGUAUCUUCCUCAGCUGCUGCAGGCUGUUGCCACUCGCCUCUACACUGCCCAGGCUGCGGCAUUUAUCCAAUCUCUGAUAUUGGUGUUCGCGCGGCUCUCGCUCGCUGGUGCACAGGAUGUGGUUGAGUUCCUGAGCCAGCUCCAGAUCAACGGCGAGAACGGCCUUCAGAUUGUACUGGCCAAGUGGCUCGAAAACUCUAUUAGCUUUGCCGGCUACGACGAGAUUCGCCAAAAUGUCAUUGCGCUGUCGAAGCUCUACUCCCUCGACGAUGAUCGACUCGCCCAAAUCAAGGUCAAGGGUGACUUGAUCAUAAACGACGAUGGCCGAAUCAAGACGCGGUCUCGGUCAAAGCAGAACCCCGAUCAGUAUACCAUCAUUCCGGCUCCUCUCAAAAUCAUCAAGCUGUUGAUCGAAGAACUCCUGUCUGCAUCUGGAGCGCGUAACGCGGCCGACGCUGCAGCGGCAGCACUCGCCGCCAACGCGGACCUCGAGUCAGAUGACGACGACGACGGUUGGGAAGACGACGACACGCUCGAUCUGAACCUCGGUAUAUCCAAAUCGGAACUUAUGUCGUUCACCGAGGGCGGCGGUCGUCGCUACAAAGAUGACGAGACGGAGACCUAUCUGGUUGAGUUCUUCGUUCGAUGCGGCCGGGAGAACACAGCCGGCUUCCAUAUUUGGUACAGCAUGCUAUCGAGCGAAGAAAAGGCCAAGCUUAGCGAACUGGCCAUUCCGCCUCAGCAGUAG